AUGCGCAUGACCGCGUUACCACGCACCUUAGCUGGGCUGACGUGCAUCCUGCUGCUCAACAUACUGGCCAAAUGCGCCGGUGAUACGGUGCACCUUAAACGGCUGCCAUACUGCGAAGAACGCUUAUCCAAGCUUCCUCAACAUCAACCCGAACUUCUGAUACUUCGUGACCUCUUCCAAACAUGGCUGAUGCAUCGACGCAUAGAGGUAGACAUGGAAGCAUUGCUGCAGAAGAUGCGGGAUCCACCAAAAGAAAUUCAGGAGCAAUUUGCUUGGAGGACGUCCUGGAAUGAAAGCUAUGUCGCAGCCCGCAAGGAGAAUGCAGCCAGCGUUUGCAAAGAGACGGAGGGGAAAAUAGUGUCUUUAGUGAAAGAUCUUCGGCAAAAGGAAUUAAUUGCGCCCACAACGACUGUACAGGAUCUGGCUUGCAACCAGUUGGUCCCGUCACAGUUUCUUAUUAAUGUCGACAGCCCCCAGGAGGGCCAGCGCUGGGCCGACUUAAGCUGGAGUACCAACGGUUUUGUGGUCCCGGUAAUGUCAUACAACGUGCACGAGCUCCGAGGCUAUAAUCGUCUGGCCAGCGUAGCGCGUGGGAAGUACUUGGUGCUGUUGCAGGAUGACGACCUCAUGCAGCCCAGCGACUGCUCCUGGCUACCCAAGCUCGUGCAGCAAUUCGAAGCCAUGCCCUCCCUGGCCAUGGUGGGAAUGAACAGCUUCCAACUGUCGCACGGCCCGGGUAACGAACGCGACGCCAGGAACUUCAAGGACCCCAACACAGGAAACAACAUGAUUUUUGCAUUCCAGGUGGACUUGGCACCGUUGGCCAUUAGGCGCUCGGCAUUCAAGGCGGUGGGCGGCCUGGACGAGGGCAUGUCCGACCCAGGCGAGUGCGGCAUUUGGUCGGACUGGGAGCUCUCCAUUCGAUUCUGGGUAGCAGGUUACCAUGUGGCCUACAUGCCCCUCAUAUCCAAAAUGUCCAACGAUCCCUCUGAUCCGGGUGGCACACACAAGACAGAGACUGGUGUGCGGUGCUGGGGCCGCCAACAGAAUAUUGCUUCAUCUGUGUACAUGGCCCGGUGGGGAGCUGGCUGGGGUAACGGGCCUGGCAAGUUCCUCGAGUUGCUCGAAAACUAUGUGAGGCUGGUGAACCUGAAGGUCUUGCAGGGGCUGUACACGCAAUGCCCGUUCCGAAAGGGUUGUGCGCUGGACGGGGAUCCACCGCUGCCAGCGGAGUACAGGGACUACCUGCAUGAGGACAAGCCCAUGGUCCAGGCGUGAAGCUACCUAUCACUCUGAGUCGCCGCUUGCUCUUGCAUGUGGGAGUAUGGGGGAGGGGAUGGAAUGAUUCAUCGUCAAGUAUAUAGCAUGGGUGGCAUUUUUUCCAUUUAUCGAUGCCGCGCUGUGAUGGACUCGGUGCAGUUCUAGGUGCAUGGGGAUGAGCAUGUGGGUCUCUGGGAGCGCCAGGGAGCGCUGACGGUACGUACUGCAUUGGGUUGCUGAAGAGCAAUCGGACCUCGCUCAGGGUAGUUACUGUUUGUUUAAAGGCAUAGGCGUGAGGAGUGAAGGAAAGCCCUCAUUUUUUCCGCCUCGACCUUGGUAAUAAGAGGAGCUGCUUGCAUAGAGAGGGCCGGUACCGCAGGUCGAAUGCAAACACGCAGGUAUGGUGGUCUCGUGAUCCCUCAUGGGUCGUGCGUUUGACCGUAUUUGGCAGGUGGUCGUUACGUAACUUCCUGCUGCUGUGGAUCGGACAGGGUCAGCCAUACGUGCAGCAUAGUACUGCUGUAAAUUGAACAUGUUGGUG